AUGCUUUGUAGAACUGUGAACACGAAUCGCAGGAUCGUGAAAUGGUUGGUGUCAGGUGAACCCCAGGUUGCAACCCUGAUUCGAAGCGUCGCCUGCCCUAAUUUAUAUCAAAUAAGCACUAGAUGUUUUAGCCCCCAACAACAGAAUUCCAAAUUCUUUAACAAGGCCAAAGAAAGCAUAAAUAGCACCAUGGUUUCGUUUAAGAUAAACAAUACAUCACCAUCUAUCCUCGUAUUCAACCAAUCUUCAAAUAUCUCAUUCCAUCAUUAACAACCAUGGCUCAAGUCGAUGGCACGUGCGACCCGGCGUUUUCAGCCGUGCGUGAUAUUUUGCAGCAGAACAUUUCUUCUGACAAGGAGCUUGGCGCCUCCAUCUGCGUUAGCGUCAAGGGGAAGACUGUCGUGGAUAUAUGGGGCGGCUACGCAGACAUAGCACGUUCAAAGCCAUGGAGCGAGAAUACGAUUGUUUCGGUCUGGUCCAUGACCAAGACGGUCAUGAAUCUGGCGAUGUUGCUUCUGAUCGAUCGCGGCAUGGUGGAUCCGGAUGCCCCAGUUAUUAACUACUGGCCCGAGUUCGGUGUCAACGGCAAAGAGGGCGUAUUGGUUCGACACUUUAUGAGCCACACUGCUGGCCUGCCAUCCUUCGAUCCCCCGAUCGACGAGGCCACCCUGUUUAACGUGCCUCAGGCGACUGAAAACCUGGUUCAACAGAAACCCUGGUGGACACCGGGCACGGCACACGGGUAUCACCUUACCUCCCAGGGACAUCUCAUUGGGGAGUUAGUCCAUCGCGUCACGGGGAAAACGCUGGGCGACUUUAUUCACGAUGAGCUUGCUGUUCCCCGUAAUGCCGACUUCCACCUCCCAGUGGCGGAAGAAGAAUGGGAUCGGAUCGCAGAAAUGGUUCCUGGAACGAAGGCCAUGGACCUUUCCAUGCUCGAUCCGAACAGUAUCACGUAUCGCGCUAUGACUGGUAAUCCUGCUAAUCAAAACGCUCCCAAAGAGCCUGCCUUCCGUCGCAGUGGUAUUGGGUCCAUGGCUGGCUUUACCAACGCACGCGGGGCUAACGACAUUCUAUCCAUCAUCACGCAGAAUGGCACCGUGGACGGGAAACGCUUCUUGAGCCCUGAGACGAUCGCAAAGAUCUUCGAGGUGCAGGCCAGUGGCCAGGACCUGGUUAUUGGAUUAAAUAUUGAAUGGGGACUUGGUUUCGGCAUCGGCGCGCAAGGUACCAUAAACUGGCUGCCAUCUGGCAAAGUGGCCUUCUGGGGAGGAUGGGGAGGGUCGUUUGCGCUUAUGGAUCUCGAUCGUCAAAUGACUUUCACUUAUGCGAUGAAUAAGAUGGGCAUGAGUAUUCUUGGAAAUGAGCGAACGGGUGAUUAUGUACGGGCUGCUUAUGCGGCGUUGGACGGGUAUAACGCGUGAUAGUUGACUAUAUUGCCAUCGAUGUAGCGUUC